AUGAUGUCAAUGAACACCAUUGGCCUAAAAAACACAUUGCUGGAGGAUAGUCUAGCCCGUCAAAGUGAUGUCGAAGUAACGACAAACGUUUCAUUAUAUGGAGAAUAUAAAGGUUUCUUUAUUCACGUGAUAAGUAGUUUGGUUUUAAUAGGUUUCAUAAUAUGGACUUUAGUACCUGAAAAAGUUUUCGAAUUCCUUCAAUUCGACUACUUUCCUGAUAAAUAUUGGUCAAUUGCCGUACCAGCAUAUUCUUUGAUGCUUAUGGUUUAUAUUUAUGUGGCUUUGGCUUUGUAUAAUACUGAAGUUAAAACAUUCAAGUUGCAUGAUGUCAGAACAAUAAUAGAUGAGCACUCAUUUUAUCCUGGUGAUAAAUUAGAAGGCGAAGAAAGGGAGAAAGAGUUGGUCAAGUAUGUUCAUGAUGCCCCUUCGGGAGUAUGGGAAUUACCCAUAUCGUUGGUGAAUGAAGUAUUGUACACCGAGAAUGAAGAAACCGAGGAGGUGUUGAUGGAAAAUGAUAGUGAGAGUGAGGAAGAUGUAAAUUAA